AUGACGAUCCUUCCUGCCGGAGCUCUCGUAGGUGGGUCAAUGAAGUCUGGCAGCACACCCGCUGGAGGAGAAAAGCAUCCAACAGGUAUCAGAACCCCCAAGAUGUCGACGAUCCCGCGCAACAGGCGGCGCCCCAUCCCGCGCAGGGACAGCCGUCAAGAAGAGCUAGACGACGCAAAGAAGGUGACAAGCGACUACAUCAGCGAGCUGCGCAAGGGCCGCGUCGCCGGCUGGGACGUGAAAAAGAGGGAAGCCAUUAUCCGCGGCAUCGUGCUGCCGAGGCAGGGACGGUGGCGUGGGCUGCAGGAUCCCCACGUCGCCAACCCAAGACGACCACCCAGGGUCCAGAGGAAAAAAUUCAGAUUCGCAAACAAUAUCCCGUCCUCCCCGGGGCUCUUACCCCCGAGGGCCUACGCGAGGCUCCAGAGCGCAAUCAACACCGCGUUCCGCCUGGAACGGAACUUCACCCCGGCCCACGUCACGUUCCGCAAACUGCUGGGCUAUGGCGGCUACGGCGUUGCCGCGCUGUUCGGCCUGCACGACAGCACGGGGAGAGAGACUAGGGUUGUCGUGAAGGCGGAUAUACGGUCAAGUACCAGGAAUGGUACUAUCCAGGUGGAGAAGGAGAACAUGACGCUGAUGUCCGGGGCCAAACACGUGGUCCAGCGCACGCUGCUAGCUCGAUUCCCGUGGCCCAAGAGUGUUCCAGAGCGAUACGACUAUGUUGGGGCCUUAGGACGAGUGAUCAUAAAGCUUGUGAUUGUCGUUGCGAAGGUGGUCACCCUCGCCCUGCUCGCUUUGAUCCAAGCCGUCCUUUUCCUCGCUGAAGCCGUGCUGGGCUUGAAAGUCACCAUGAUCCGGGUGGAUGAUGAUCAAGGAGCCCAAGACAGCCCCGAACGUGACUCACCCGACAAUCCAUCCAACGGCCCUGCAUUUUCUCAGCCAAAUCAAACAGCAGGUCCUCUCAACAGCCUCGCGUCUUGGAAAUGGAGCAAACUAUGGCCGGACUGGCCCGCCGGGCCUGAACAGAGGGCCGUGGGCAUCGACGACGCCAUCCGCCAGAACAGACAGGAGCUCGAUAGCCGCCAGGAUGUCAUCUGCAUGGAAUACCUCAGGUUCGGCGAUCUGAGCAAGUGGAUUGCGAAGAUGGCACGGCAGAACGACCGUGAUGGGGAGUCUAUAUUCCCGGAGGAGGUGGCCUGGGCUAUCUUUGAGUGCUUGUGGCGGGGUUGUGUCGCUCUGGCACAUCCGAAAGGAUUCUACCAGGGCAAAGACCCGUUGACCACGCAGAUUCCCCCAAUGACCGAGUCGAGUGAUGGCUCUGCGGUGGAUGCCAGCGAUCCGCUGGUUCACUUCGAUUUGGACCCUCAGAACAUAUUCGUCGGGGAUUUUGCUCCAGACCAUGCUUUGUGGCCGUUAACCAAGAUAGGUGACUUGGGGUUGAGUCUUCAGCCUAAAUAUCAAAUCUUCCAGGACAGAAUUGAUGAAGAACAUCAACAGUGGAGACUGAGAACAAGGGGGAAACUUGACUCUUACCUGCCAGAGCAAAUAACCGAGGAGUGGGACUUCAUCCCAGGCCUCAACGCCCUCCGCAGUCACGAGGUAGCCGGCAACUACGGCGCACACUCGAACCUCUACCACAUCGGCCUGACGAUGUUCGAACUAAUAACACUGAGCCUGCCCGAUGACCCGCCCUUCGCCAGGCCCUACGAGUUCGUCAUCGACCGGCAGUCCCUAAGCGGGUGGACAUACGGGCACAAUCUCCUGGGGGCGUACAACCCCGAGAUUUCCCGCCGGUACUCUGCAGACCUGAGGCACACGAUUGCCUGGUGCAUGGAGCACAACCCACUGGACAGACCCUCAUUGGUCCGUCUGGGCCAGAUAAUCCAAAAACACCGCGCGGCUGAUUCUCUGGAACAGCCGGCUGAGGCAACGAGGAAGCUGGUGGGGGACCUUUUGAGAGUCCCAUUGACGUCGAGGGCGAGGUAG